AUGAAGACUAAGAAUUCCACGCGAAGGGCUGUUUUCUCUCUGCAUGAACCAACUACAUCUGGGGGCGAGCGCAAGAUUGCGGUAAAGCCAAUAUUUGAUCCCAGUGCUGAGAUCGACACUGACAAAUUAAAGGAUCAGACAGGUACGCGCAGAGUGCGACCGCCGUCAGGUCAAUCUCCUGCUUCUAUCAAUAAUAUCUUUGGACAUGUCCCGAUCAACCUUCGUGCGUCAACCGGACUUCCGUUCUUUGGUGCAGAAAGUCAGCAAUGGAUGGAGUCUUGUACCGGCCAGAAGAUCGACUUUGAUCGGUUGAACUUAGCCAGUGUCCGAACGCAAGAUCAAACUGUCCAUGAUUUUGCAUCUCUCAAGAAACAUUUUCGACACCAUACUCAUCCUGACCUUCCAGAAAGGAGCAUUGUCCGUUCCGCAUUGCACAAGUUCAUCUCCUCCUCUGCCCAUCGCCGCUUUCCUUUUGUACACCCUGGGUUAUUUCAUUACACCAUGGAAACAGCAUAUGACAAUCAACUUUCGGAAUUUUCGCCUGACAUUCCUAGCGCCAGAGCCUGCAUAUUUGCCUUUAUUUCCUUCAGCAGCUUUAUGGUAGACGGAAACUCUCUUGGCAAUAACAUCGAGUCUCAAAGGUAUAUUCAUGAAGCGCAAUAUCUCGCAUCUGCAAUUUUGGAUGGCCAGGCUACUCUAGAUGGAAUCCAGGCACUCUUAAUGGUCGUAAGUCAACCCAUUUGGUUUUCAUUCUUCAAUUGA